GUCCUGUGAUGUUUAACACCUGCGUGUCGGUCGUAGUUGCAUGCGUGGUUUGAACUCUCACCUAUGGGAAGUACAAAAAUUUAAACCUUUUACUUUCUGUGGUAUUGUUUAACUAGCUGAACCUUCCAACAGACUGCGGUAUGUUUAAAAUCUUCUGACGGAAGUGUGUUGUGUCCCUUGUGUGGUAUAGACAUAGGUGAAGACCUCUUGUGUUGAGGACAGACUGGUGUGUUAUAAGAUUCGAUACUUUUUGACUCCCCCGUGAGUAGGUUUGUGGUAAAGUGUCAAGGUCAUGAAGGAGUCACUGGUCAAAGGUGACCUUGGCGGGUCACUGACCGGUGGUGACAGCAAGGUGAAGGUUUAUUACGUCAACGAAUGUGUUAGCUUGGAUGAGGUACUGCCGUCAACAGAUAAACAAAAGGAAGCAAAUGAAGGCCAGAAAGAGGAAACAGGUGUUAAAACAGAAAUCAAGGUGUUCAAGCGCAGGUGGUACGUCCUGCUCAUCUUCAGCCUGUACGCCAUGACCCAAUGUGCCGUCUGGAACACGUGGGGGCCCAUCGCCACCACCAGCAAGGACGCCUUUGGCUGGAGCAACGCCACUGUCGCGUGGAUGACCAACUGGGGGCCCAUCUCGUUCGUCUUGUGUGGCUUCCUGUUUCCGUGGAUCCUGCAAGUCAAAGGUCUCAGGUGGGCGACGUUACCCAGUAUGCUAUUGGUAUUUCUCGGCACAUGCUGUAGAGUCAUCACGUCUGACUCGGAGUCAGCCACAAUACUCAUCCACAUCGGUCAGUUCCUGAAUGGACUGGCCGGACCGAUAGCCAUGGGGGGAUUCCCGACACUGUCGGCUGCUUGGUUCCCGCCUGGACAGAGGGUCACGGCCACCGCCAUAGGGGUCAGCCUCACGUUCUGUGGAGGAGCCCUCUCCUUUGUCUUAGGACCCAAGCUUGUAUCCGUAGGGCCUCCAAACACAGGGAAUCAGUCUGGUCACGCUCUACUGAAUGUCACGGGUUGCUCGCCGGCUGAUGAGUGUGAAGUGUUUGAUGUUUUCAAUAUAUCUUCAUCAAACUCCACGUUAGCUGCAGAUAGAAGAGUUCGCCUAGAGAAGGAAGAAAUCUUGAAGUACAUGUACUACGAAUGUGGAUGGGCUGGUCUCAUAAUGCUGGCGUUACUGCUCUACUUCCCCUCUACGCCGCCCCAGCCCCCCAGUGUCACAGCAACUACAAGCAGGGACGUGUACUGGCCAGGCCUCUGGUCACUCAGAAAAAACACCCACUUCCUGUUGCUGACCUCUGUCUAUGGUGUGUCUACUGGGGUCAUGGCCUGCUGGGGUACCGUCCUGAAUGUCAUUCUGGAACCGUUUGGUGUCAGUGAGGACAAGGCCGGGUGGCUUGGCUUCUACUCUACCCUAGCGUCCAGCACGAUGUGCCUCUUGGUUGGCAGGUUCUCUGACCGGUUUGUCCACCACAUGAAGGUCUACAUCCUCGUGCUGUUUGUGUUGGGGGCGGGCUGCUUCACGCUGUUUCUCUUGAUGUUUUAUCAAGUGCUGGGGUUCACUGAUGCCGUUCUAUACAGCUCGGUGAUUGGUGGACAGACUUUAAUUUAUGCAGCCAUCCCGCUGAUGUACGAGAUGGGCUGCGAGCUGGCCUACCCCACCAGCGAGGGGGCGGCCAACGGAUUUCUGACCAUAGUCAACAACAUUGUCGGUCUCCUAUUCCUGGUCGUCUUUGCUUUCCCUGACGUUGGUACGCGGUGGACAAGUGGGGCGGCACUUGGAUCUGUUGUUGUCUGUAUUCCCAUGAUCCUAUUGCUAAAAAACAACUUCAACAGACUGAAGGUUGACGAGGGUUUAAAACCUGAGGAUAUCCAGGUCACCGUCGAGAAAAACAAUGUCAAGGCGUGUAACUGAGGACAUAUGUGUAGUGUGUGUGUAUAUAAAACGUGUUGGCCAGUGUGUACAAAGCAUGGUGUGUAGUGUGAUGUCACAUGUGUAAAAUACAUUGUGUAAUGUGUAGGCUACACACAAGAUGAAACUAGAGAGAAAGUGUGUGAUGAAGUGUACUACUGCCAAAAUCUAGCCCACACAACUUGACGUGGUUAGAAUAGAAGGGAAGAAGCCAUUCAAGUUUUUUAUUUAAAAGAAAUGUGCGUGUGUGCCAGGACAAUUUUCCAAGGUAAAGCCAAAUCGUCAGUCACAACUGACCAAAGCUGUUCCAUGGAAUUAUCAAAGGAAAAGAAAAUAAUAUUUAAACUGUUGUUGGAAUGAAGAGGAAACAAGCAAAAAAUAAUUAAACAACCUGGAAAAAAAUUGAAAACAAACUAGAUUUGUUCCUAUCCCAUUUUUUAUUUAAAGCAGUUACUAUCUUACUAUAUUAGUUUGCUUAAUUUUAAAAUAGAUUUGUAUUUUUAACUGUCACCACAAUUGAAUGUACAUAAAUUCAUAAAAUGAAUAGAAUUUGCUAAAAAUGUCCAACUUGAUGUCCAAGACCCUCAGUAGAUACUUUUGGCUCUAGCUUAACAUUGAAAGAAACUUAUUUCAUCUUAGAGUUAGAGGGUCACAUCAAGUAUCAAAUUAUAAAAUGCUUACAUCUUUUUUAAAA